AUCAUAGAACGUAAAUAGCAACUACUCUACUGGUAUGGCCAGUAUAUACCCACCACCCGCAUCAUCAACGGAAAUGGCUUUUUGGUUUGGUCAGUGUUCUAUACCAUACUUUAACACACACUCGCUGCUCGCAGGAGAAGGAGGAAGAGCAGUGAACCACCAGGAAAAUGAUAGUGUGAAGUGUGAUUGAUUGAAGCUAAGCUAAAGGUUGCAGUUACCUCCUCUAGCCUACCUUCUGGUGCCUCCACUUUUCAAACCCCUCCGCUUCCCCCCCAAUUUCAUUAACUACCAACCUUCUUUCUCUCUCUCGAAACCACCUUCGCUUUCUCUCUCUCGUUGCAGCAUCAUUUUCUCUUUCUUAAUCCAAUCUGAUUUGAUUGGAUACUCAGAAAUUAAUCCUCACAUAAUUCUCCGUUUCUUUCUGUUAUUUUUCUUUUUCUUUAUAUUUUGUAAUCAUGGAGGCGUCGGAGAAUUGUAGUGUUAAGGUUGCAGUUCAUAUUCGUCCGCUUAUCGGCCAUGAACGAGUUCAAGGUUGCAAAGAAUGUGUCACUGUUACGCCUGGGAAGCCACAGGUACAAAUCGGUACACAUUCUUUUACAUUUGACCGUGUCUAUGGAAAUGGAGGUUCUCCAUCAUCCAGCAUGUUUGAAGAAUGCGUUGCUCCACUUGUCGAUGGGUUGUUCCAGGGAUACAAUGCCACUGUACUUGCAUAUGGUCAGACAGGAUCAGGGAAAACGUAUACGAUGGGUACUAGCUUCAAAGAUGGUAGCCAGACUGGAUUGAUUCCACAAGUUAUGAAUGCUCUAUUCAAUAAGGUUGAGACAUUAAAGCAUCAAACAGAAUUCCAGUUGCAUGUGUCCUUCAUAGAGAUUCUAAAAGAAGAAGUGAGAGACUUGCUGGAUACUGUAUCUGUGAGCAAAUCAAUUGCUGCUAAUGGACAUGGGAAAGUUGCUGUUCCUGGGAGGUCUCCAAUUCAAAUACGUGAAUCGUCAAAUGGAGUUAUUACACUAGCAGGAUCAACUGAAGUACCUGUUAGUACAUUAGAGGAAAUGGCUGCUUGCCUGGAGCAAGGAUCAUUAAGUAGGGCAACAGGAAGUACAAAUAUGAACAACCAGUCCAGUCGGUCGCAUGCAAUUUUCACGAUCACAUUAGAACAGGUGUGCAAUCUGCAUUCAGUUUCUCCUGUUAAUGACACUCCAGAUGAGGAUACGGGUGAAGAGUAUAUCUGUGCUAAGUUCCAUUUGGUAGAUCUAGCUGGAUCUGAACGAGCAAAAAGAACUGGUUCUGAUGGUCUUCGUUUGAAAGAAGGUAUUCACAUUAAUAGGGGGCUUCUGGCACUUGGUAACGUCAUAAGUGCACUUGGGGAUAACAAAAAGCGAAAAGAAGGAGUGCAUGUUCCCUACCGAGACAGUAAACUGACUCGACUCUUGCAGGAUUCACUAGGUGGAAACAGCAAGACUUUUAUGAUCGCUUGCAUCAGUCCUGCUGACAUCAAUGCUGAGGAAACUCUCAACACUCUCAAAUAUGCAAAUCGUGCUCGAAACAUUCAGAAUAAGCCUGUAGUUAAUAGAGACUUAAUGUCCAAUGAGGUGCAACAGAUGCGCCGACAGCUAAAAUACCUACAGGCAGAACUUUGUGCUAGGGGGGGAGGAGCUCCAUCAGAUGAAGUCCAGGUGCUGAAGGAAAGGAUUGCUUGGCUUGAAGCUACCAAUGAUGAACUUUCUCGAGAACUUCAUGAAUACUGCAGCCAUUGUGCUGUUGUAGAACAGUGUGAAAUUGAUUCCCAAGAAGGUCAUGCCUAUUCUUCAAAAAGUGACAGACUUAAGAGAGACUUUCAGAGUAUGGACUCAUCUGAUUUUCAAAUGGAUGAAGCCUUAUCAGGUGAAAGUUCUGGGGAAAUUGAUGAAGCAGCAAAAGAAAUGGAGCAUGCACUUAUGCAAAUUACCAUGGAUAAAGAAUUGAAUGAACUAAACAGACGUUUGGGGCAAAAAGAGUCCGAGAUGAAACUUUGUGAAGGGGUUGACACUGAAGCUUUGAAACAACACUUUAGGAAGAAAAUCAAGGAGCUCGAGGAAGAGAAAAGAAUUGUUCAGCAAGAGCGGGAUCGUUUGUUGGCUGAAAUUGAGAACCUUGCUGCUAAUUCUGAUGGACAAACACAGAAAAUACAAGAUAUUCAUUCACAGAAACUAAAAGCACUUGAGGCACAGAUUUUAGAUCUUAAAAAGAAAGAAGAUAGGCAGGUUGAGCUUUUAAAGCAAAAACAAAGAAGUGAAGAAGCAGCAAAAAGGUUGCAAGCUGAAAUACAGCAAAUCAAGGGACAAAAGGUUCAGUUGCAGCACAAGAUAAAACAAGAGGCAGAACAAUUUCGACAAUGGAAGGCAUCGAGAGAGAAGGAAGUGCUGCAGCUUAGGAAGGAAGGCAGGAGAAAUGAGUAUGAGCGACAUAAACUUGAAGCAUUGCAUCAACGACAGAAACUGGUUCUUCAAAGAAAGACAGAAGAAGCAGCAAUGGCUACCAGAAGGUUAAAGGAGCUGUUGGAAGCUCGAAAGUCUUCAGCACGUGAGAAUUCAGUUAAUUCAAAUGGACAUGCAUCAUCUGGGCAGGGAAAUGAAAAAUCUUUACAAAGGUGGAUUGAUCAUGAGCUGGAAGUCAUGGUGAAUGUGCAUGAAGUUCGUUUUCAGUAUGAGAAACAGAGACAAGAACAAACUGCACUGGCAGAGGAAUUAGCCUCGUUGAAACAAGUAGAUCAGCUUGGUCAUAAUGCGCAAAGUCCACAUGAGGUGAAGAAUGGACAUUCAAGAUUAUUGUUGAUGUCACCAAAUGCAAGAAUGGCAAGAAUAAAUUCUCUAGAGAAUAUGCUGAGCAUAUCUUCAAAUGCGCUAAUGGCAAUGGCCUCACAACUUUCAGAGGCAGGAGAAAGGGAGCGUUCCAUAAUUGGUCGUGGACAUUGGAACCAACUACGCUCAAUGGGAGAAGCUAAGAACCUGCUCCAGUAUAUGUUUACUACUGCUUCAGAAGCGAGGUGCCAGCUGUGGGAUAAAGAUAUGGAAAUCAAGGAACUGAAAGACCAACUAAAUGAGAUUGUAACUCUUUUGCGACAAAGUGAGGCCCAGAGGAAAGAACUUGAAAAGGAGCAGAAGAUGAGGGAGCAAGCUGUUGCCAUUGCCUUAGCUACAUCAGCUUCAGGUAGCUCACGCAGUUUGUCUAAGCACUAUAUCGAUGAUAUCAGUGGUUCCUUGUCCCCAAUGUCACUUCCAGCGCCAAAGCAACUGAAAUUUACACCUGGGAUUGUUAAUGGGCCUGUCAGAGAGUCGGCGGCGUUUCUAGAUCAGACACGGAAGAUGGUACCAGUUGGGCAGUUUCCAAUGAAGAAACUGGUAGCUGCUGGCCAAACUGGAAAACUCUGGAGGUGGAAGAGAAGUCAUCAUCAGUGGUUGCUUCAGUUCAAAUGGAAGUGGCAGAAGCCAUGGAAGCUCUCAGAAUGGAUCAAACACAGUGAUGAGACAAUAAUGAGAUCAAGGCCUCGCCCACAGGCUCUUGUUGACAUCAUAUGACUACUGCAUUUUUCAACAGUUAACCUUGCUGCUGUAUGUACAACUUGAUUACUAUAAAUGGAUCUGACACAUCUCACUGAGACCAAGAAUGAAUGAAGAAAUGUGUAUUGGGAAGGUGGUGUCCUCCAUGGUCAAAUUGGUGUUCAGAAAUUCAUGAGGCUGAUACUGUCUUUGGACUGAACUGGUAAAUCAUAAAAUACAAAGAUCUUGUUAUGCCUGAUGGGCUCUCAACGGUUCUGGAAAAUGGCAGUGGUUUUGUGACUGCCGCAUGAUCGCAUAUAGCAGAUCAUGUUAUUCGUGAUUUCUACUGCAUAAUGUAGAUUUUCUCUGUUAAUUUUUUAUGUUAUUGCUGUCAUAAUUGGUGAAAGAGAGGAAAUCAUCCACCUGAGUGCAGGUUUUGUGUAAAAGUUAUUUCAAAUCUGCUGUAUAUAUAUUUGAUUUUGUUUCGAGUUUUGUCUUAA